AUGGUUCGCGAAUAUCAGGUCCUCGGCCCUGAGUACGCAUCCCUGGACGCCGUCAGUGAAGAUCUAUUCCAGACCAUGUACACGUGCCCGGGUGUUGCAGACUCUCUCAACCACGUCCCGGUGUCAGCUCUCUCAAAGGCCGUGGUUUGGUCAAGAAACCGAACAUCAGGAAAGAACUCCACAUACUUUCAGGAGCUCGUCAAGGAGCAAGAGUUUGGCAUGAUCGCCGAACUCAACAUCCCUCCGGGCGUGUGGUGUGAUUUCGACUGCCUUCCGGUUGCACUGGCAUUGAUGCUGCGCAUGAUUGGACGAGUGUUGGUGGGACACCCGCUCUGCCGUGACCCCGAUGCCAUCUCGUUGUUCAUGAGGUAUGGCUCGGCCGUCCCAGUGAGUGGAAAUCAGAUCUCGUGGCUGCCGCGCAUAUUGAGACCCUUGUUGGGACCGCAUUUUGCCGCCUCUCGCAUGCAGGCUGAAUUGAGCGGUCUCAUCGUCGAAGACAUGAAGCACGGUGCCGAUGCCAAAGAAGACCAAAUGACACUCGCCCAGUGGGUGUGGGAGUGGACAAAGCGAGAAACACCCGGCGAGUACACCCCAUUCGAUGUGGCUGGGUUGCUGGUAUCCUCCAUCUUUGGCGCCGUUCACACCGCCGGCUCGGUACUUACAAAGUGCUUCUACGAGCUCACUCAACGGCCCGAGUUGAUCGAAGAUCUUCGCAACGAAGUUGAGCAAGCCAUCCGCGACCAUGAAGGGGUCUGCAGGGAAUCUAUCGAAGCCAUGACGAAACUGGACAGUUUCAUUAAAGAAACCAUGCGCCUGCAGCCCGUGGGCCCAGCCACAGUGCAUCGUAUCAUUAAGAAAGACUUCACCUUUACUAACGGCCUAAAGCUACCCAAGGGAACAUUAGUUUUUGCCCCAAAUACGCAGCUUCAUAUGGAUGAACGGUACUACGAUAACCCGGAAGAAUUUGAUGCCUUCCGAUUCCACAAGCUCGGGAAGCAGUCAGACAAACCAAGCAACUACAAAAUAGCUGGCUCGACCCCUAGAACACGCCAGUUUGGUGACGGGAAGCACGCCUGCCCGGGCAAGCAACUCGCUGCGGAUCUGCUGCGUCUCAUCUUGGCCCACUUCUUGUUGAAAUUCGACAUCAGGAAGUGUGAUGAAGACAGUAGCUACCCUUCUUUAGAGCAACGACGCAUGUCUAUCAAGCAGCGUACACCUUCACCCUCAGUCGUUGUAUAA